AAAUAGAGCUCCCUUUAACCUUAUCACAUCACAACACAACACAAUAACAAUACAACAUAGCAAACAAAGUGCAACUUCCUCUGUUUUUUCUUCAAAAUGGCUCAAAAGCUUAGAAUGGGAGAACAAGAAUUUUCUAUUGCUAUGGUGAUUCUAUUUGUUUUGCUAAUUAAUAUGAAUAUGUUAAGUGUUGAAGGUGAUUAUGGUGGUUGGGAGGGUGCUCAUGCUACUUUCUACGGUGGCGGCGAUGCUUCUGGCACAAUGGGUGGAGCAUGUGGAUAUGGAAAUUUGUAUAGUCAAGGAUAUGGAACAAACACAGCAGCAUUAAGCACUGCUUUAUUCAACAAUGGCUUAAGCUGUGGAUCUUGCUAUGAAAUGAGAUGCAAUGAUGAUCCAAGAUGGUGCAAACCUGGUUCUAUUAUUGUAACUGCUACAAAUUUUUGUCCACCAAAUCCAGCUCAAGCUAACAAUGAUGGUGGUUGGUGUAAUCCUCCUUUGCAACAUUUUGAUAUGGCUGAACCUGCUUUCCUUCAAAUUGCUGAAUACAGGGCUGGAAUUGUUCCUGUCUCCUUUAGAAGGGUGCCAUGUAUGAAAAAGGGAGGAGUGAGAUUCACAAUAAAUGGCCACUCUUACUUCAACCUAGUUUUGGUCACCAAUGUGGGUGGUGCUGGUGAUGUUCAUUCAAUUUCCAUCAAAGGCUCAAGAACUUCAUGGCAACCAAUGUCAAGAAAUUGGGGCCAAAAUUGGCAGAGCAACUCUUACCUUAAUGGACAAAGCCUCUCAUUUCAAGUCACCACAAGUGAUGGUAGAACUAUGACAAGCUAUAAUGUGGCACCAGCAGAUUGGCAAUUUGGCCAAACCUUUCAAGGAGCUCAAUUUUAGAGUUUGCAAAAUAUGAAAAAGUUUGUAUACUUAGUAAGUUCAUUCAUCAACUUGAAAGACCUAAAGAAGUUUCAUAAGAGGUAUUUGAUGUGAUUUUGAGAGACUAGUGUUUUAUUUUAUUGGUCUGUAAAAUAGCUGAGGUGGUUAUGUAGCACCCGCUGGUCACUUCAUAAAAUAUAUUAUAAUAUACAUGAUGGAGAGUUUUAUGUCUUUUUGUUUUUGUAUUGUGAGAGAGUUCUUUUCAAUUGAUAUUAGUAUAAUUGAUGAGAGAAAUGUUGUUAUUUGAUCUCAAUAUUUGAUUAUCUCAUAAAUAAUGAAUAGAUGAUACAAAUAUUUGCUUAUUUUAUAAAUAUGUGGUUUAUGGUUGAUGAGA